AUGGCGUCGGCUAGGCCGUGGUGGAAAGACGCCGUCGUCUACCAGAUCUACCCUGCCUCCUUCAAGGACUCCAACGGAGACGGCCUCGGAGACAUCCCCGGCGUCCUCAGCAAGAUGGACUACUUGAAGGGGUUGGGCAUCGAUAUCAUCUGGAUCUCGCCCAUGUUUGAGAGUCCUCAGGUUGACAUGGGCUACGACAUCUCCAACUACGAGGAAGUCCACGCUCCGUAUGGCACCGUAAAGGAUAUGGAGGACCUAAUCGCGGCGUGCCAUAGCAGGGGAAUGAGGUUGAUCCUAGAUCUCGUCAUCAACCACACCUCAGACCAACACGCUUGGUUCCAGGAGUCGAAAUCAUCGAGGGACAACCCGAAGCGUGACUGGUACAUCUGGAAGCCGCCCCGCUACGCCGAGGAUGGCGCCCGGCUGCCACCAACCAACUGGCGAAGCUACUUCUCGGGCGGCACGUGGGAGUAUGAUGAGCACACCCAGGAGUACUACCUGCACCUGUUCGCCAAGGAGCAGCCCGACCUCAACUGGGAAAACGAAGAGACCCGCAAGGCCAUCUACGACAGCGCCAUGCGCUUCUGGCUCGACAAAGGGGUCGAUGGUUUCCGUGUGGACUGCGUAAACAUGUACUCGAAAGUGGUAGACUUUCAGGAUGCGCCCGUCGUGGACAAAACCUUUUACGAGCAGCCGGCAUCAGAGUUCUAUGCUAACGGGCCGCGGAUGCACGAGUUCCUCCGCGAGAUGAACGAGCAGGUGCUGAGCCGCUAUGACGCCGUCACCGUGGGCGAGCUGCCGCACACGCCAGACCCGCGCAAGGUUCUGCAGUACGUCGGCCUGGGCGACCGCCAGCUGAGCAUGGUGUUCCAGUUCGACAUCGUCGCCAUCGGGCAGAACGUCGCGCAGAAGUAUAACUUUGAACCGUGGACGCUUCCGGUUCUCAAGGAGAUUGUGGCCAAGUGGCAGCAGUUCAUCGAGGGCACAGACGGCUGGACGACAGCCUUUUGCGAGAACCAUGACCAAGGCCGUUCCGUGUCUCGCUAUGCGUCGGACGCGCCCGAGCACCGUGUCGCCUCGGCCAAGAUGCUGGCCAUGAUGAUGUGCGCGCUGACGGGGACCCUGUUCGUUUUCCAGGGGCAAGAGAUUGGCAUGAUCAACUUACCCAAAAGCUGGCCCAUCGACGAGCUCAAGGACAUUGAGGCCCUGGGCUACUACAAGUCGAUGGCGGCGGCGACGAACAACGACAAGGAGACGAUGGCCACUGUGAUGCGCAAUCUCCAGAUUCUAGGCCGCGACAACGCCCGGCUCCCAAUGCAGUGGGACUCGACCGCGCACGCCGGCUUCACCGACAGCAAGGACGGGCCGUGGAUGCGCGUCCAUGACCUGUACCCAGACAUCAACGUGACCAAGCAGCUGCAGGACCCCGGCUCGACGUACAGCUUCUGGAAGGCCAUGAUCCAGCUCCGCAAGGAGCACAAGGACAUGCUCGUGUUUGGCGCCUUUGAGAUAUUUGAGCCCGACGGCGAAAAGACGUUCGUCUUCGCUAAGACACACCGCAACAACAAGGCCGUCGUCGCCCUCAACUUCACUAGCGAUGACCAGCGCGUCACGCUGCCACCUUUUGAUGGCCUCGCGCUCCGCGUCGGCACCUAUCCUGAUGCUGCCGACGUCGAGAAGGCGGCGGCGCCCGGGAAUAUGCGGACAUUGCGACCCUGGGAGGGGCGUCUGUACAUGGCUUGA